AUGUCGAAACGACUGAGUCCAGAGGAAGAACUCGAGAAACAGUAUCGAGAUUACAAAGCUCAAUUCGAACAAUGGAAGGAGAAGAAUAAAAAUUCUGUUGGAACUGAAGCUUAUAUUGCUUAUGUGGAACAGUUUGAAGCAUGGGAGAGGGAUGUCGAUAGACGACGAGAAAUGAUCCGUAGCAAAACAGAAUCUGAAGCUAGUGAAUCACAGGCUACUCAAGUUAAAACACAAACUAGUGGAGCCACGGAAGGAAAAAGAAAAAAGGAACAGGACUUAAAAGGGGAGCAACAAAGAAAACAACAACUUGAAGCUGAAGCCGCAGCUCAAGCCGUUGCUUAUGCGAAACAUCAACAGUCAUAUCUAGCACACCAUCAAGCAGCUCUGCAAAAAGAACAUGAAAUGAGGCAAGCAAGCGCAACUUCAGUAGUAUCACAAGAAUCAGUUAAAACAUUGGAUUCAAAGCCUCCGGGUAUUAUGUUUCAUCUUUAUAGAAAUAAAAAUUUCUUAAGAUUUUUGCUGCCUGAAAAAUUUAGAGAAGAAAUUGAUUCCAUUGUUUAUUUUUUAGAACCAAUUGAUGCGAAUCAAGUGGCUGAAACUAUGAAACAGAUGGCACAACUUGCUCAAGUAAUGAUGAAUGAUCAGCAUGAUCAACAUAUGGAUAGUGAUGCUAUUUACCAACACUCACUGUCGACGCAUUCAGUAAUCCAACCACAACAUCCGGCGCCACCUCCUCAGCUAUGGGGAAAUGAUCGUGCUAUUUAUGAUUCGAACGAUCCAUUGUUUAAAAAAUGGGGAAUGCGAGCUGCUCCACCUUAUCAUAAGCCAGCAUAUCGUCCUCCUCCACCCGAAUAUCAAAUUCCUCCUUGCUGGUUGUUUUUAGAACAGAUGAAAGAAGAAAAAUUGAUAAUCGCCCCACAAGUUAAUUUGCCUCCUCCUAUUCUACCAAAAUUUGCUGUAAAGCAGUUGUAA